AUGGAUUUUACGAUUCCGCAAGGCGCGGACCGACAUCUGGAAGAACAAGUCAUCCAACUGAUCAAGGACUAUCAAGAUGGGUACCUUACAGAGAAGGGCUAUGUGAGCAAACGCUCUUCACUGUUGACGUUGGCGCAUUCAGCUCCCUACAACCUUGCACCUGUUGUAUCCAGUCGAUCAUUGGCUGUGGUUGGUUCUGCCCAAUCUGACGACUUUGGCAUGGCUUCUCCAUCCAGGACAGAUACAAACCUGGCGGACUAUCCGACUUCAAUGGUUUCAGCACCAAAUUACCAGGAUUUUGGAGCUCUCAAUGGAACACCGCAUCUUUCACACACUAGCGACAACUACCUAUCCAAAACCAGCUCCCAACAGGGUCGUCUUCAGGAGCUGCAAAGACCUCUAGAGGCCCGUCAGCUACAGGAUCUCAACCCCAACGACUCAUUUGGCAAUCUGCCGUCAAUUCUGAGACAUAGAGGAGUGACAUAUGCACGAGAAGUUGCCAUAGCGCUUGUUGAUGCACGCGGAAAAGAGAUUCAGAGCAUUACGUGGGAGAAGUUAUAUCUCAAGAGUGAGAAGAUAGCCCAGCAAAUUCGCGACAAAUCAGGUCUUUAUCGCGGAGAUCGAGUUUGUUUGGUGUAUCAGAACCACGAGGUUUCAGAGUUUGUUGUUGCUUUAUUUGGCUGUUUCUUGGCUGGUGUUGUGGCUGUUCCCAUGAGCUCUGGGCUUCCCGUGAAAGACCUAAUCAAGAUCAUGAACGAUACCCAAGCACAUCUAUGUUUGAUGUCUGAAUCCGUUCAAAAACAUUUUGAUAAGUACUCCAGCAAUACUAACUCGAAGAUCGUUUGGCCGAAAGGCGUUGAAAUGUGGAAAACCACCGACAUGGGAACUUAUCAGCCGGCAAAAAACGCGGACCCGCCCGCACUCCAGGUCCCCGAUUUGGCCUAUAUCGAAUACUCAAAAUCACCAACUGGCGACUUGCGAGGCGUUGUUCUUUCACACAAGACGCUAAUGCACCAAAUGGGAAUGUUCACAUCCAUUCUCGGUUCCAUGCCUGGCUACACCGGGAAGUCCAUUAAACGGUCUGAUAUCUCAUACACAAAAGCCAGAAACAUUCUUCUUUCAACGCUAGACACGCGACAGAGUAUUGGGCUUAUUGUGGGUGUUCUAUUCACCAUUUUUUCUGGAAAUUUGCUGAUCUGGACUCCCCAACAGACCAUGGAGGUUCCAGGCUUGUAUGCCCAUAUCAUCACUCGCUACAAAGUGUCAAUGCUGCUGUCUGACUAUCUUGGAAUGAAACAGGUUAUCUACAACUACCAGUCAUUUCCACAGCUUACACGGACCUACAGCAAGAAGAUCAAGGUGGAUCUUUCGUGUGUGAGGUGGUGCCUAAUCAACGCCGUAACUGUGGAUUGUACUUUCCACGAGAUGCUGACUGAAAGAUGGUUUAAGCCUCUUGGAUGUCUCAACUCUAAGUCCAUUGUGUGCCCGAUGUUGACCCUGAGUGAAUUCGGAGGAAUGGUGAUUUCUAUGCGUGAUUGGCUAGGAGGAGAGGAUAAACUCGGAUGUGUGUUCAACAAGUCUUUAACCGAAGAGAGAGAUGAUGACGAACAGCCCAAAAGUGACGACAGCUAUCUCAGCGAAGUUCUGAUAGAUAGGGCGUCUCUGACCACGAAUACCGUCAAGGUUGUUAGUGAUAAACCUCCUCCUUCCGGUGACAAUGAGGACGGUUCCAAGUACGUUAGGUGCGGUGCUUUUGGAUAUCCUCUUCCAGACGCGACGUUGGCCAUUGUGAAUCCAGACACCAAUAUUCUAAGUCCAGCAAUGGAGGUGGGUGAAAUUUGGGUCGACACAGAUUGCCUGAGUGGUGGUUUUUGGGGACUCAAGAAAGAUACCGAGAUUGUGUUCCAUGCUCGAUGCUACGACCAUGCCGAAGAAAUCGACCGCGAUUUUCUAAGAACGGGGCUCUUGGGGUUCAUUUAUAACGGCAAGGUGUAUGUUUUAGGCCCUUAUGAAGACAGGCUAAGACAGAAACUGAUAUUGGAUUCCCAGUCACCAAAAGAGACGCUUUUUGCAGAACAGUACCAUUUCCAUUACGCUUCACAUCUGGUGAAGACGCUAGCCAGAAACAUCCCUGAAGUCACGGACGCUGCUUUCUUCGAUAUUGUAUUGAACCAUGAGUGUGUUCCCAUCGCUGUGAUAGAAUCUACAGCUGGAAAGCCCUCACCUUUGGCAGGCAAUUCACAGUCUUUGCAAUUGGACCGUGCUGCACUGGAUAGAAUAGCAGCAAAGGCAAUUGAUGCCAUAGAAGGAGUGCAUAAUGUGAGGCUUUAUUGUGUGAUGGUGACUGCCCCAGAUGUUUUACCGAGAACGAUCCGUUCUGGAAGACUGGAGAUUGCGAACACACUUUGCAAGAAGAAGUUCACGGAAGGAACAUUGAGUUCUGUGUUUGUGAAAUUCAACAUGUUGAAAUCGCUCUCGCAAAUCCAGCAAGGUGAUGAUAUCAAAGGGGGAAUAUGGUCCCCAUAUGCCUCCAAUCUCAGAUCCUCUUCUUUGAGCUAUGCCGAGAAGCAAUAUUCUGGUUUGGACCACAGAGAUACGUGCAUUGACUCCAGAACCUCGAUUCCAUUGACUGAUUUCAAGAGUCUUCCCGAUAUACUCAAGUGGAGAGCAAAGCAACAGUCUGACGAACUGGCAUUUGCCAGACUGGAUAAGAUCAACUCCAGAGAACAGAAGCCUUUGAGUUGGAAGAAGCUGGAACAGAGGAUCUUCACUGUGGCUUCCUAUCUGAUGGAGAAGAGACUCGCCAGGACUGGCGACUAUGUCAUUCUCAUGUAUUCUCUCUCCGAAGAAUAUGUGGUGGCAUUCUAUGCAUGCCUGUUUCUGAACAUUAUUCCAAUUCCGAUGGGUGCUUUGGAUAUUCAAAGGCUGGACGAGGAUGUUGUUUCAUUUGUGGGGGUCUUGAAAGAUUACGACGUGAGGAUGAUUCUUUGCAAUGACGAGGUUGAAAACACAUUCAAGGUGAAGCAGGUUUCGAAUGAGAUGAAAAAACGAGCCACGCAGUCGCGUAUUACGAUUCCAAAGACAAAAAACACCACCAAGCUGAAGAAAAAUGCACAAUCCGCAAGCGUUAUGUAUCCCAAAAUGGCCAAGUUCAAGGAGUUCUCCCGGAGGAAGACAAAUGUUGCAAUGAUAUGGCUGCAAUGGACGGCUGAUUACUACCAGGUUGGAGUAGAACUCACCAACGAGACGAUCAUGGGAAUGUGCAAGGUUUUGAAAGAAACUUGUCAAAUGUCAUCUACAAUUCCUCUCAUUGGAUGCGUUCGCCAUACAUCUGGAUUGGGAAUGCUGCAGUCUACAAUGAUGGGCAUAUUCCUCGGGUGUUCAACCUUUCUGAUUGCUCCUUACGACUAUUUUACAAGUCCAGGAUCUUUCUAUCUUGCACUUUCAAGAUACAAAGUCAAGGACACAUUUGUGACUGACAAGAUGUUACAGCAUGCUUUCAAGUCUUUCAAGCCCAAGAACUUUGAUCUUCCAGAUCUGAAAAAUCUCAUGGUUGGUUGGGACGGAAGACCUGAUGCAGAGCUGAUGAAAAACUUGAAACCUCACUUUGCCCGAACCAAUCUCAGUUCUUUCGCCAUGUCGAAUCUGUAUUACCAUGAGUUUAAUCCUAUGGUGACGACGAGAUCGUAUCUUGCUUUUGACCCGAUCGACCUUUGGCUGGAUCCCAUGAGCCUUUCUCAGGGAUAUGUGUCAUUGGUUAACCCCAAAGAUAAUCCUUUGGCUAUUCAUAUCCAGGACUCGGGAAUGGUUCCAGUUUGCACUCAGAUCGCCAUCGUGAACCCUCAAACUUGCCAUUUCUGCAAAAUAGGCGAGUUUGGUGAGAUAUGGAUCUGUUCAGAGGCUACAGUCUCGGGUUUCACUAACGGCCCCAAGGGCCCCACAGACAAGUUUGUUGCUGCUCAAUUCCAGGGAAAAAUAAAGGAUGGAAACCCUGAGCUUACCUAUCUACGAACUGGCGAUCUUGGCUUUUUGCACAAUAUCCAAGGUUCGGUCGCAAAUGAUGGAACUGUGAUGGAAUUGCAGCCGCUUUUUGUGCUGGGAAGAAUAGCAGAUACCAUCGAAGUGAUGGGAUUGCACUAUUUUGCCCUUGAUAUAGAGAGAGCAAUAGAGAAGAUGGUUCAUGACAUCCACAAAGAGAGAGUGUGUCUGUUCAGAGCGGGAGAUUAUACAGUGUUGAUUGCCGAGCCACGCAGAACCUCGUCUUUGGCGUCUUUGGUUCCUCUCAUUGUGAAUACGGUUUUGGGCAAAUACGGGUUAAUCAUUGAUAUAGUUGGAUUCACUGCGCCUGGCAAAUUCCCACUUUCAAGACUUGCUACCAAACAGCGUGCGAGGAUUGUGGAUAGUUGGUUGAAGGGAAAUUUGAAAAUGGCCGCCGAGUUUGGUGUUAAUUAUGGUGAGUCCAGUCUCGUGAAGUUGGUGGACAGGAUGAAGCAGAAGAUGUGA